AUGGCUACUAGAGACAAAGAAGUUGCUCGACUUCGUGUUAAAGAACGUUUAGUUCUCUACACUACUCCAGUAUUGGCAUCGGUGGUGCUCACCAUCUUUUUUUGGCAACUCAGUCUGCAUCAGUCUCGAUUGCAAGAGAUGGAGAACUUCAUGAAAGAUUCAAUUGCUACUCUUAAAAUGCAGCGCCAGGUAACAAAAGACGUCAAUUUACGAGAUCACGACUUGCUUUUGCGUUACACAAGAAAUGACGAAAGUGCGGAGGGUGUACAAACACUAAACGACUAUUUUGGUAAAAUAGCAGAGCAACAGUUGACAAAGUUUUUGAAAGCCCGUUGUGUGGAUAGUAAGAUUCUAUGCAUGCAAGGUAGCAAAGGCGACAAAGGAGACAGAGGAAUAGUAGGUUCUUCAGGUUCUUCAGGUUUAAAAGGCGAGAAGGGUGCAAAGGGAGACUCUGGCUUAAGCAAAGACGAUAGCAUUGAGCCUCCGAUUAUUACCAAACAGCCAGUCGAUGUUGUAGCGUCGGAGUCUGAAACAGCUGAGUUUCAAUGCGCUGCUGAAGGUUUUCCAUCGCCACAAAUCCGAUGGUUGAAGCUACAGUCGACGUUACCGAAAUCUCGAGUGACCAUGUCAAAGAAUAACUCUCUAGCCAUUACUAACGUUCAUCAUCAAGACGCAGGAACGUACGUCUGUUUGGCUGAAAACAUUUUUGGUGUAGCUAAGAGCUAUGCAACACUAACUAUCCAAGUUCCUGUCGAAUUUGUUUUGGUUCCUCCAUCAGUAGUGACCGUACAAGAAGGACAAGACGUCAAACUAGACUGUUUCGCUAAGGGCGUUCCAUCUCCAACAGUCACUUGGUCACGGCGUCACAAAAAGCUGGAGUCCAGCAAAGUAGACACCAAUGGAAGUCUUAUCAUAAAGAGUGUUAGUAAAGACGACAGCGAUCAAUAUACAUGUAUUGCAAAGAACAGUCUAGGGAAGAAAACGUAUUCAUUUACAAUGAACUUGCAACUACCCAAUGAAAAGUCGUUGGCCAGACCAUAUGCAGAAAUCCAAGUCGAGAUUGGCAAUGACGUGAGUCUUAAGUGCGACUUGUGUGUCAUCCCAGGAUUUUCUAUCACUUGGCAGAAAGUGAAAGGCAGAAUAGCAGCAAACAGAACUGAGCAAACAGAUUGUUUACUAAUCAUCAAAAACGUUACUCGAAAUGACACGGGAAAUUACUCAUGCGUUGCUAAAUCGAAAAGUAUAUAUUCGGUCUCAGUUUUGAGACAAGAUACUGUACUUGUUGUCAAAGAAGCUCCACGUGUAAAAAGCCGUAAUCCUCCCUAUAUGGUUCUCUCGCCGGGAGAAAAUGUAACACUAAGUUGCUUUGGUGUUGGCCCUCCAGCUCCUCACGUCUAUUGGACAAAAGAAUCUCGUCGAUUGAAAAGUCACCAAAACGGGCAACUCCGUCUAGUAAAUGUCUCUCAUCAAGACACAGGUAUAUAUCACUGCCACGUUGUCAAUUACUUGGGACGAGAUACACAAAGAACAGCUGUCUGUAAGAAUUUUUGUAGGACACCCUAAUUGAUUUAGUAAAUGGAAGGUUUGUUUUAAACUUCUAGUGAUUGUUAUAAAUCUAAAGUUUGUCCACCGUCCUUCUGCUUCUGUUGUUGUAUCCGCUUUAGAAACCAUAGCGAUAAACUGCACUGCAGAAUUGGCGCCAAAUAUACCAGCAAGUACUAGAUGGAUAUUUCCACAUGAACAAUGCGGGUUGGGAACAGCUAAAAGAACGGUUUUACAUAAUGGAACGCUAGUUAUACGAGGAGCAACGGCAUGGGACAGUGCUACCUAUGUAUGUUAUGUCGGUGCUAAAAGUAUUUUGUCGAGUGUUCAAUUGAAAGUGGCAGUGGAUACGAGAUGGAUGUUGACUGCUGACAGUUGUGGAGGACUUCGUCAGUCUACUUACAACAGCUCGGUUUAUUAUGCCGUUUCUUCGUCAACUACGUGGGAUAAAUCUAAAUUUUAUCAUUGUCCUGAGGGAUACUAUUGGGCGUGCACUGAUGAGGGACGGAAAAUAUUUAAGAAGAAUAGCAAUUCAGGAUCAACAUACGUAUAUUACGGUCAGUGUGGAUGGAGUGCCUACAAAUUUGCAGGAUCAACAAGGUACUAUUUCAGAUUUCGUGACUCAACAUCGACAAAUGGUUUCAUUCACUCUGGCCACUAUGACCAGCAUCAAGUAGGAACCACUGCGGACACCAAAUACUUUUCUGGAAUUGUAUGCAUUAAAAUAUAGAUUAGUCUUUGUGAUUGUUGUUGGUGUUGCAUUUCAAAUUUGAAUAAAUGAAAGUUUC